AUGAGCGUGACUGACAGAACUUGGAUUCUCGGCUCUCGAACGCAGGCCUUGCUCAAGUCUGAAGAGCUUCCAGAGGGACCCAAAGGCCUCGAAGCGAAGCCGAAAGCCGUUGACAUUGGUCGUUUCCAGGCUGCGGUGCCAUUGAGUGAGCCAGUGGAGAGUGAAGGCAUGACGCCAGAGGAGCAGGACUGGAUAAAAGGGCUCUACAUCCCCGACAUCCGGCUCUACAUCCGGCUCUGCAAUGGAACAAUUGAUGCCGCUUUGCAAGAGCUUUUCGAGGAGGCCGCCAAAGGCGGACCGCUCGGCUCUGGGCCUGUUGACCCCAAGAGGAAGGUCGCUUCUGACCUGGCAGCUGAGAAGGCUGCUGGGCAGGUAGCUGCGCAGGUGGCCAAAGCAAAAGCGCAGGCUGUGGCUGGUGAACCUCAACUUGAUCCGGAUAAAGAGGCCAAACGCCAGAAGCGCCGGGAGUACCGGGAGAGGAAGAAGCUGAAGCAACAAGCUGGGCUCUUCAUCAAAGCAAAGGAAAACCCCAAUGUCUAUGUCUCGGGUUUGCCACCAGACGUCACUGCUCAGGAGCUGGAACCUUUGUUCAAGCGAGCUGGGGUGCUGAAGUUGGACAUGGAAACUUGCGCAAGCAAGAUUCGUGUGUACGCUGGUUCUGAUGGAAAGUGCAAAGGUGAUGCCUUGGUGACCUUUGCGAAUGCCGCCUCCGUGGAGCUGGCGGUGAAGUUUCUCCACGAGUAUGAGAUCCGUCCUGGCUGUCGAAUAUGUGUGCAGCAGGCGGAUUUCGAAGAAGUGGAGAAGAAGGAUGCCAAACUGUCGAAAGACAAGCUCAAGGAGCUGGCAGCGGCUCGAAAGCCCGAUGAUCAACGUGCUAAGUAUUUGGCUGCCAAGAAUACCCUGAAAGAGGCAGUAUCGUGGAGUGGAGAGAUGGAUGAUGGCACUGGCCGGCGCAUUGUGCUGCUGAGGCACAUGUUCUCGGCAGAGGAGGCCGAGAAAGAAGGUCCUGAGUUCUAUGACGAACUGGCAGAGGAGGUCAAGGAGGAGUGUGACAAGAUCGGUCAGGUGGUGCGUGUCACGCCGAUUGAGCGGCAUGUUCAGGGUAUCGUCUGCAUCAAGUUCAAGCUCUCCUCCGAAGCUGAAGAGUGCAUUCGAGUCAUGGAUGGCCGCUUCUUUGGGGGACGAACUGUGGAGGCCUCCUUUUACGAUGGGAAGACAGACUUGAAAGCCUUUGGCGUGAUCCAGGGUGCCACUGAAGCUGCGAGGAUUGCAGGCAAUGAACCCGUUGAAUCUCGGGCAACUCCAACAGUGGAGGCACCAGUCGCUGCACCAGCCGCUGUACCAGCCGCACCCGAGGCGCCUGAGGUGCCCCCUGAGGCUGAAGAGGCUGAGCAGUCCGCAGAGAUACCCGAGAUCCAGCAGGCCUAUGACGCUAUGUUCGAGGAUCAGUCAAGUGACGACGAGGACUUGGUGGUGCGCACAGAAUAA